CAAUAUGGUUAAUUCCACAAUCGAUGAAAUUCGUCGCUUGAUGGACAAGGUUACCAAUGUCCGUAACAUGUCCGUCAUUGCUCACGUCAACCACGGUAAAUCUACUUUAUCCGAUUCCUUGGUCUCCAAGGCCAGUAUUAUCUCCUCUGGUCGUGCUGGUGAAGCCCGUUAUAUGGAUACUCGUAAGGAUAAAAUCAGACGUGAAGAUAUCAAGGAAAACAAGGAUCAAAAGACCGAUGGUACCGCUUUCUUGAUCAACUUGAUUGAUUCUCCCGGCCACGUCGAUUUCUCUUCUGAAGUUACCGUUGCUCUUCGUGUCACUGAUGGUGCCCUCGUCGUCGUUGACUGUAUCGAUGGUGUCCGUGUCCAAACUGAAACUGUCUUGCGUCAAGCCUUGGGUGAACGUAUCAAGCCUGUUAUCUGUCUUAACAAGGUUGAUCGCGCCCUUCUUGAACUUCAAUUGGACAAGGAAGAACUUUACCAAUCUUUCUCCCGUGCCAUCGAAUCCGUCAACAUUAUCAUCUCUACCUACAUUGAUGAAGCUCUCGGUGACUGCCAAGUCUACCCCGAAAAGGGUACUGUUGCCUUUGCUUCCGGUCUUCAUGGCUGGGGUUUCACUCUUCGUCAAUUUGCCAAUCGUUGUGCCAAAAAGUUCGGUGUUGACAAGGAAAAGAUGAUGACCAUGCUCUGGGGUAACAACUUCUUCAACCCCAAGACCAAGAAGUGGUCCACCAAGGCCACCGAUGCUGAUGGCAAGCCUCUUGAACCUAUUGAAGACUGUCCCGCCGGUAACAUCAUUGGUCUAGUUGCUGUCGAUCAAUUCUUGGUCAAGUCUGGUACCAUCACCACCUCCGAAGUUGCCCACAACAUGAAGGUCAUGAAGUUCUCUGUCUCCUCUGUCGUUCAAGUCGGUGUCGGGGUCAAGGACGCCAACAAUCUUCCCAAGCUCGUCGAAGGUCUCAAGUGCCUUGCCAAGUCCGAUGCUUGUGUCUUGACCUACAGUUUCCACACUGGUGAACAUAUCGUCGCUGGUGUUGGUGAACUCCAUCUUGAAAUCUGUUUGAAGGAUCUUGAAGAAGUCCACGCUCAAGUUCCCCUCAGGUUUAGUUACCCCUUUGUCCAAUACCGUGAAACUGUCAUUGCUCAAUCCAGCAUCGACUGUCUUGCCAAGCCUCCCAACAAGCACAACCGUAUCUAUAUGCGUGCUUAUCCUUUGGCUUACGGACUCACUGACGAAAUUGAAGCUGGUAAGGUCUCUGCCAAGGAUGAUUUCAAGUCUCGUGCUCGUGUCCUUGCUGACAAAUACGAAUGGGAUGCUACUGAAGCUCUCCAAUACCUCGGUGAAAUCAAGGAUUCUUGUGUCUCUACCUUCCAAUGGGCCACCAAGGAAGGUCCUAUUAUGGAUAAAAGCCUCCGUGGUUGUCGUUUCAACAUUUUGGAUGUCACUCUUCACGCUGAUGCUAUUCACCGUGGUGGUGGACAAAUCAUUCCUACUUGUCGUCGUGUAGUCUAUGCUUCCGUUCUUACUGCCUCUCCUCGUAUUCAAGAACCCGUCCAUCUUGUUGAAAUCCAAUGCCCUGAUUCUGCUAUCGGUGGUAUCUACUCUUAUCUCAACAGGCGUCGUAGUCAACCUGAUACUCCUAUUGUCAACGUCAAGGCCUACUUGUCCGUUAGCGAAUCUUUAGGUUUCAACGCUGAUCUUCGUUCCGCCACCUCUGGUCAAGCUUCCUCUCAAGCUAUCUUUGAUCACUGGCAACACGUGGGCGGUUAUGCCUUGGAUCUCAGUAACAAGGCCCACGAGGUCGCCCUUCCAGUCUGUAGAAGAAAGGGUAUUAAGGAGGAAACUCAUGCUCUUAGCUUUUACCACGAUAAGCCUUAAAUACUUUCUUAUUUAUUUUCAUCUAUUCUUGUUAUUAAUAAAGAAACAUGACAUAAUUUUAUACAUA